CAAAAUACAGUAAGUAAAAAAUAAUAAAAGUAAUUUGAAAUUAAAUUAUUUAGCAUUAUAGAUAUAUAGAUAGAAGUAGCUAUGGAUUAACAAGAUAUCUAUCAUAAAGAAAAGAAUAAAAACUUUAAUAAAGAUACAGGCAAAGGAUAAGUUAACAUAUAAAAUUGGAUUGCUUAAUAAACCGAAAAUGUUAAAUUGAAUUAGCAUUAGUAAAAAGAGAGCGGCAGUUGGCAUCAAUAAUAACAAAAUAACUUUUAAUAACAAUAAGGAUUUAGAUUAAAUCUUAUUCAGAAUUAACAGCAAAAUAGGGAAAAUGGAUAAUUUUAAAAUUAUUAAUAGAGUAGAGGUUAGGCAUAAAAUCCAAUCAAAAUAAGUAAUUUUUAGGAAGAUUAAUUGCACUCAUUCUAAAAGGAUUAAUUUGGGACCUUCAAUUAAAAAUUGAAUAACAUCAAUUUAGAAAAUAUAGAAGAAUUUAAAGGAAGCAAUAAUCGUUUUGGACAAGAUUAAAAUAACUUUUAUGAUCUUUAAGAAGAAUAUGAAAUGUAAGAAUAAAAUGAGGAUGAAUAAAAUGACAAUUAAAAUAUGUAAAACUUUCAAAAUAAUUAAUAAUUGCGCUUUAAUUAAAGUAAUAAACAUUAUCAAUUGGGAGAGCUGUUAUAAUCUCAUGAUAACCUUUUGUAAAGCGACAAAAAGAAUCGCUUAUAAAUUUAAAGAUAAGAUUAAGAAAUUUAAAAAAAUAAAAACCCUGUACCAUAGCUAAGCAUGUCGUAUGAGAGAAGUAUUCAGUAAAAAUUAUAGUAAGAAAUGUAAGCUUAACUCCAGCAGCAAUAAUAAAAAAUGUAGGUUUCUGAUUAAUAAAAUUCUAGUCAAGAAAUAAGCUAUUGUUAGGAAUAAAAAGUUAAAAUCAUUGAAAAAUAAUUCUAAAAGUCUGUUCCAAAUAAAAUAUAUACAUUUCCAAGAAGAUUUUCUGAUUCAGAAGAUUAUGACUCAGAAGGAAGUUCUUCUUUUGAAUCUCUUGAAGGUGUUACUGAAUAUGAUCUAAAUUCAUAGAAUUUGCCUAAGGUAUAAAGAGUUUAAAAUUUUAAUUAACUAAAUCAAACAGCUAAUAGGGAAUUAGAUAAUCUUUAAAAAUCUUUUCAAAAUAGUAUUUUUAGUAUAAUUAACAACUAAAUAACUUCCAACCAACCACCUAAUUAGUAAAAAAAUAAUUAUAUUAAUUUUUUAAGCUUGAGUAAUUUACCAAGUGAUUAAACGAAUGGAUUAGAUAAUUUUACUUCUGAUGGAGGCGAUAAAACUAAUUUACAAAGCGAUUAAAUAAAUGAACUCGAUAAUUUUGCUUCAGCUGGUUAAGAAGCCAUUAGCAAUUCAUAAAAAAAAAAUUUCAAACAAGACUUAACUAAUUUCAAUAAAACUUCUAAACUAAACUAAUAAGCUAAUGACAUGAAAAUGAAAAUAUAAGAUUAAUUUGUGGAUUAGAAAUAAGCUUAAGUGAUGAAAAAGAUCUUAAAAGAGGGAAAGGUUAAAUUUUAAAACACCAACGACUAAUAAAAGAAUAGAUAAGUAGCUAGUAGUUAAGGUAAUAAAACAACCAAAUAAACAAAUGAAGAAAAAUAUAAUUAAAAUAAUUUCAAACAAUAAGCAUAACCACUUACAAUAGAAGAUUAUUAUUUUGAUGAAGAUGAUGAAGAUGAUUAAAGCUAAGUUAACAAUAAGUAUAACUAGCAUAAUAAUAAAGAUGAUGAAGAUUUUGGUCGUAAUACAGAUCAUAUUUAAACUUUAGGUGAAUAUGAUAGAAGAUUAAAGACGGAAGGAAAUGAUUUGAAUUACGAUGAUGAUAAUGCAUCUGAGGCUGCUCAUAAACUUUAUGAUAAUAAUGACAGUGAAAUAUCUGAAGAUGUAGUUAUAAUACCACUGUCAUCAAAUUAGGGUUAAAUUUAAAAUGGCUCUUAGUAAUAACUAACUUCAAGUAACUAUUCUAAGCAAAUUGCCUAAGAUUAAAUUAAAUAAAAUGAUGUUAACUUUGAGUAGCAUAAAUAAAUUUUAGAUUUUUCUAAAUAAAAAUAGAUAUAAAAUAACAAUGCUUCUGCUAUUUCAGCUAACCUUAUAAGCACAAAUAACAAUAGCAAUAAAAAUUUUAAUUUAGUAAAUGGGGGAGUUAUUUCAACUAAUUCUUAAGCUAGCAACACAUACCACAGUAUGAAUUCAUAGUAAAAUAACUAUAUUGAUAACAUAGCUCCACCAGCAGUUAAAUAAGCAUAAUAGCAGCAGUAAUAGUAAGAAAUAAAUGAUUUUAAUUAAUUUACCACAAAGUAAAAUAUUUAAAGACCAAGUUCAUCUAUUUAAGGUAGUAAUUCAAACAACCUCACAUAAACUUAAAAGAAAAACAAAUAACAAUAACGCUUAAUGGAGACUUUGAAAAUGAAUUUUAAUAAUUAUAGCUUAUUUAAUAAUCAAGUUUAAAAUUUUUCUUAACAAAAAUAAUUUACAAAGACUCUAUCUAAAUCUAAAGAGAGUGUAUCUGCCUCAAUGAAUUGCAAUACCAUUUCAGAUUUGAUAAAGAAAAAAGAUAUAUCAAAGACAACAAAAAAAUUACCAGCAAAUUAACAAUAAAUAGUCAAUAAACAAAGGGAAACACCAACAUAAAAUUCUAAGUAGAGGCAAACAGUUUAUACAUCUAUAGGAUCCAUGAAUAAUUAUAGUUUAAUUUAAGACUAGUAAACUAGUGUAGAAUCAGGAAAUUAACAUGGAAAUAAUAAUAGUAACUUUAUAGAUAUUUCUUAAAAUCCACUUCCUUCAAAGGUAGUAAAAAGAACAGGCUCAUAAGCAAGAGACUCAAAGCUAAGAAAUCAUAGACUUAAAACAGACAGCAGUAAUCCUACAUUUUAGGCUACAAACUAAACAACUUCAAAUAUCAACAAUCAUAACCACUCAAAGGUUGAAAAAAGUAGAGAAAGGACAACUUCUGCCUCAAAAAAGAAAGUAGCAAUUACUAAUUACUCCACAAAUCAGUAAUCAAAAUCAACAAACUAAGUAGAUAAAUUUAAAAAAGAUGUGUUAAUUUAAAAAAGUAAUACAUAAAAAAUAGAAAAAACUCCAAUUAGAAAUAAAGUUAUUGAAUAAAACUCUAAUAAAAAUACAGGUUCUAAGAAGACUAAUAUAAGUAAUGGUUAAUUUCAUUAGCAAAAUUAAUCUAAUAUCAUAGUCAAUCAACCUGCUUAACAGCUCCUAUAAUACGCAGCAAAAUAAUAAUAAAAAUAAAAUUAAAUAGCAUAGCACAACAUGAUUCAUAAGUAUUCUUCUAGUCCAGAUAGUUAUGCAACAGCUGCUGCAAAUAAUUAUCUAAAUUUCUAAUAAAAUCCAUAGAAUGUUUAGUAACUACAAAGUAAUAUGAAUAUUUAAACAUAGCAAUAAUAAAAUUUGAACUAAACCUAACAAAGCAACCAAUAAAUUUUCUAAUAAACAAUAAAUUAAAUUUAAUAAUAAGGGGCGAUUAGAGAAAAUUGGUCUCCUCAGUAAAAAAAUAUGAAUUAACAUUUACAAUAGUAAUUAUAGUAGUAACAAUAAAUAUAAUAAUAGCAUAUACUUUAAAAUCCAAUAAUAAUCUAACAUUUCUAAUAAAAUUUAAAUAAUCCAUAAUAAUUAAGUUAAAGUAUAUAAUCUCAUCAAAAUUAGAUAUAAUAAAUUUUGUAAAAUGCUCAAAUCAACUUAGCUAAAUAGCAAUAAUAAUAAUAAUAAUAACAACAACACCAGCAAUAAUAGUUAAAUCAAAAAUAAAACAUCUAUUUAAGGAAAGCCUCUCCAAAUUAAAUUAUUGACCAUAAUCACAUUACUCAGAAUAAGCUUUAUUAAUAAGCUAAGUCUAGUCUUGCGAAAUUCCGCAAUGAAGAUGAUACUCCUAAGUAAAUUACAAAAUCAUAAGUUUUAAAUUAAGGAGGUAAUAAAUUAGUCAAAAAAUCUGUACUAACAAGUAGCAUUGAUAAGUCUUCAAAAGAUAAAAAAAGAGUUUCAGAAAAAAUCUAGGAUAAAUUAAAAACCAGAAUAAAAACAGAACCUGCUGAUUAUGAUGAUUAAUCUUUUAUAUUUAGCAGCAAUAGAAAUAAUAGUAGCAAACCUCAUAUUUCACCCUAAUUAAAUUCCUUUUUACUACAAGAUGCAAGUUCAAAAGGAGACAUCACAAAAAAUAUUAAUCUUUCUUAAAUACGGGCAAAUAAAAGUACUACCAGAACAAGAAACAAAUAGACAGAAAAAACAAAAAAUUAUGAAAAUAAAAUUAGUAGAGGAGAAUCAAGUGCUGAAAUAGAAUAAUAAUGA